AUGCCAGCCAGUCCAUUCUUCCUCGAGUCCCCCAUUCCUCCGCAACUCGAUCUGGCCGGCGCUCCAUCACAGCUAUUCCAAGUUCCGCCCACCCCCUCAGCCUCAUCGGCUUUGUAUCGCUCGAUCUCUAUCCCCAACCGCAAGAGAUCCCGUCUAGAAGUUGAUCGUCGUCCUUGGCUGGAUGUCGACACCCCCUCUAGUCAUGUCGCCUCUGUGAUCUCCCCCGACGAUCUCCUCCUUGGUGUGGAGGAUACCUCCGUUGAUCAAGUCUAUCGCCCCAACCGUUAUCGCAAGCCUGCUCGAUCUCUCGCUCUCGAUGACAGCGUUGAAUCUCUCAGCGAAACCGCGGAUAUUCGCCGUAAACGCAGCCGCUGGGACCCGUCUUUGAUCGCAGCCUCUCCCACCGGUCACGAUGAGAAAAUGACGAUCUCGACCACGACUAUGACCGCGACCGCGACCACGACCGCGACCGCGGCUCCUGCCGUCAAUACUCCUAUUGCUUACCCACAGCCUGCUCCCGUCCGCUGGAGUCGAGCGGUGCUAGGCGUGGUAGGCAAAGUUUGGGACUUUUGUUGGAGCGGAGCUUUCCGAGGGUUUUAUGCAGGCGGUGGGCAAGGCUAUACCAUGACGGCGGAGGAUGCACAGCCCCAGUUGGCAUCCCCAUCGAUCGAGAAGGAAAGCAUCCCAACUUCUCAGCGGCAACAGGGUUCUUCUAGCCCUUUUUCGGGACAAUUUCCAGAAGAUGAUCUCAAGCACAGUUGGGUGAUCGUGUCCGCGCGAGAGGAAUUUAUGGACGAAGCCAGUCCUUCUCAGCGCAGACGAGUCCAUCGUCGGACCCCAGCACAUACCCACUCUCGUCGGCGGUCGCAGGGCAAGCGAACGCUGAUUUCGCAUGCGCCGUCUAUGCCGACGAAAUCACAAUUCUCAACACCAGCUAAGCCGCGGGAGAGCCCUGUGUCUGUGGAGACGCAACGCUACAUGGCGCAAAAGCGCCGCAUGGAGCGUGAGGAGGAUGCCAGCCUUGCCCGGUUGAACCGGCAGCUACAAGCAAUGAUCAAGGAAGGAAAACAGGCACUGGGGACGCGCGUGGAAGUGGACGACCUGGACAUGGAGGAUUAA